UUUACUUCAUGACCCACGUGGAUUUUAUUUUUUAAAUCCCAAACCGGAAGUGCUGUGCGUCUGUCCGUGUGUGUGUCCGCAGCUUGACGCUGGUGCCGGACAGCUGCUGCCACACUGGACCCGGACCGAGCCGAACUGUCGUUCCUCCUGUGAUGCCCCAGGGCGGGCGGAGCUGGCCGGGGUCGCGAUGCCGUACGUGGACCGACAGAAUCGCAUCUGCGGCUUCCUGGACAUCGAGGAGAACGAGAGCAGCGGCAGGUUCCUGCGCCGAUACUUCAUCCUGGACACGCAGCAGGGCGGCCUGCUGUGGUACAUGGACAACCCACAGAAUCUGCCUAAAGGUGCGGACAAGGUGGGAUCUCUCAAACUCACCUACAUCUCCAAGGUCAGUGACGCCACGAAGCUCCGACCAAAGGCAGAGUUCUGCUUCGUUAUAAACGCAGGAAUGAGGAAGUUUUACCUACAAGCCAACGACCAGCAGGAUUUGGUGGAAUGGAUCAGUGUUCUCAACAACGCCACCAAGAUCACUGUGCCAAAGCCCGGCGAGGGCCACGCCGCCCACGCGGAGGCGUCCCAGGAUGCACUCGGAGCCACGAAACAGGUCUCCUACAGGACUGAGAUCAUCGGAGGGGUCCCUAUCAUCACCGCCACGCAGGAGCAGGGCGAGGGGCAGAACGGGGCCGAGCGUGGGGGUCUGAAGCGCUGUCAGAACCAGCUGCCCUACUUCCUGUCCAGAGUGGCGCAGGACCAGGCCGUCAUCAAGGCCGGAUGGUGUGUCAAACAGGGAGCAGUGAUGAAGACCUGGAAGAGGAGAUACUUCAUGCUGGAUGAAAACGCUCUCAGCUACUUCAAAUCUGACCUGGAGAGGGAGGCGCUGAGGGUCGUCCCGCUGAAGGAGAUCCACAAAGUGCAGGAGUGCAAACAGAGUGAGCUGAUGAUGAGGGACAACCUGUUCCAGAUGGUCACCAGCUCCAGGACCUUCUACAUACAGGCCGACAGUCCAGAGGACAUGCACAGCUGGAUUAAAGCCGUCUCCGGGGCCAUCGUGGCUCAGCGCGGCCCCGGACGCUCUGCCAACACUGUCCGUCAGGCCCGGCGCCUGUCCAGCCCGUGUAUACCGAGGUAUACGCCGCUCUUCAGUGGUGAAUGCAGCACGAACGCAGUGACCACGCUUCUCCCUCCCCAACAUCUUCCUCCACCUUCUACUACCCCCUCGAGCAGGAACCACACUACCCACAAUCCUCCUCCUCCUCCGGCCGUCCCUCAGCGGGCGCUCAGCCUCACGCUGGACACGCUGGACCACCACCACCGCCACCGGGACAACUUCCUGGGCCUGCUGCCGUGGAGGCUGAGCGGCGUCCAUGGCGCGGCGAUGAUGCCCCUCCCUCCGGCCCGCUCCCGCCUGUCGCUGCAGGAGACGCUGCGCUCCUCGAAGUGACGCGGCAGGAAGAGGGCACGUCGCCGUGGAAACGCCGCAGCGGAUUCGCCGAGCCGGGCGUCACCGAGGAGGAGGAGCAGCUCAACCGCAGUAGCGCUGCGGAAAAAUCUGAUCUGCAGAUUACCCUCAUUUGAUGAAGGUGAACCCUAAUGAUGAUGAUGAUGGACAAUCUCUUUAGGACACACACACACACACACACACACACACACACACACACACACACACACACACACACACACACAAGCUCCAUGUGCUUACAGUCGACCCGACUGGCCAAAUGAUCGUCCUACAAAACUGGGACCAGCACACGUGGGGUAGAAUCUUGUUCUCCAGUUUUGUUUUUAUUUACCUUUGCUGUCGUCUUCCUUCCUGCUUAUUAUUUACAAGAUGUCGCUGCUGACAGAAAUAUCAACCUUUAGAUCUUGUUCCUACAAUGAAAGAAGCGUUGAACCCGCUCGCAGCAGCAUGGCGACGACGACGAGCCGGGUUUCAGAAACAGACGAACCACGUUCGUGCAGCAGCUCGGACGCUAACAGGCUGUCGAAGGCCAGAAGCUCCGCCCCCAGUUUAUUCUGUAGGAGGAUCCCUUAUGGAUAAUAAUCAACCAUUUCAUUCUGACUUUGCAGAGAACCGUUACGUCCCUCUCGUCUCUCGUCUCCAGUAGAAACCAAAGUCCAGAUUCACUGAGUCACAGCAGACGUCUGCUCAUCCGCUGAGUUUUUUAACAAUGGACCUCUGAGGCGUUAGACUCUUGACGUUAUUAAUGGAGGGAAAAAAGCAUCUAGUCGAUGAGAUCGUCUCACCUGGUCACAGCAGCAUUUGUGAUGAUAAAAAGUCAAAGGUUCAUUCGGUGGAUUCACUUGUCGGAACGAGUUCCUGAUGUUCAGCAAAGUUUGAGACAAAGAGAUUUUUGUGCCAAUGAAGCAACUGCGGCACAAAACAAGCCAUCGCCCCUUUAUCCCCAAAUGCUUCCAUGAGACUGAAGCAGAGUAGUGUGGUACUGUGCUGGUGAAGCAGAGAGUCUGCCUGCGCUAAUGCUCGUGUCUUACAACACUCGCAGACUGUGAACGACCCACUCGUCCGAUCUUGUUCCGAUGUUCAGCAUCACCAAGGUUAAAGAGAUGAAGAGAUUUUCAACCAACAGCGACGUCGCGCCGAUAAAGUCAAAAACCGUCGCACAACACAAGCGAUGUCCCUUCAUGAGCCUGAAGCCCUUGUUCCUGAUUCUAAUCCUUCUGCUGUUAAUGAUGGCUGCCGACUACACAUAUUUUUUUACACAUGUAUAAGCUUUUUUUAAAUAGUUGAAUUUUAGAAAGACAAAAGGAUGAAAACAUAAAAUUGACUGAAGCCGCAAUAGGCAGCGUGUGACGCCGUCUGCCCUCCGCUGCAGACAAUCUGGGCUCAGUGUUUAAAGUCUCUAAAGUAUUUUUGAAAUGCUCCAGGUUGUAAUGUGAUGUAAGACGACGUACAGCGACGUUACCGAGAAGGACUCACUGCUGUGAGGAGGAGACGAUGACUCCUUCACGUCGCUGUCGCUUUGUUCAACUUCGUCUGGUGUCGACGUGUUUGCUUUUUUAAAAAUGUUUUCACCGGAGAAGAUGUCGGGAAAGACACGGAACCAAACUCAUCCUGUCGAUCUGUAAAGGUUUUUUCUGGGGGACUCUGUUCCGUCGGCCCGUCGGCCCGCGGGCUGCGAACGGUUCUGGGUGUUUUUUUUGUCAUGUGCUUUUUGAGUUUUGAUGGUUUUUAUUAUUCACAGUGAUGAGUAAACAACAUACACACACAGGCAUAAAUAUAUAUAUAUAUAUAUAUAUAUAUAUAUAUAUAUAUUUAUGCCUGUGUGUGUAUGUUGUUUACUGAAUUUUAUACACGUGUGCAUGAUUGCAUGCACACACACCCCCCCUCACCCCCGACCCCUGACCCCCGACCCCGACCCCUGACCCCCGACCCCUGUUGUCCCAUGUCAAACAUAAGCUGGUAAAGUGCCUGCAUUGUUCUUUCUAAAGGUUGAUAAGAGAAAAAAGAGCUGUUUUGACCCUUUAUAGUGUUUUUUCUUGAUUCUAAGACCAUGUGCUCUAUUUAUUAAAAAAAAAAUGUAAGAAUAAUCUUCA